AUUUCCUCAUCACACGCGCUUCGUGCAGAGAGGCGUAACACGCGUUUGAUCCCAUGGGCGAUUGCGAGGUUUUUCAUCAGGACGACGACAUUGGAGGACCUUUUCUAUUUGUUUGAGGGGAGUUUGGUGUGUACGAAGUGUUCAUAGAAGGUCGACCCACGAUUGAAGAAGAGGUGGAUUGAUAUAUCUCAUCACUAGCAACAAGUUGGUCGAAGAACCAGAUCACCAAGAUGUCGACCGAUAAGACAGCCAAGUAUAGGACGGAGAUCCAGCAGAUGAUGUACGUCUCUGGUGAGACCGGCGAACCAUCACCAGAAACAACUGGAAUGGUCGAGGAGAUUGUGCGCCAGCAAGUCAUCGAAAUGCUCCGCACCUGCACUGAGAACGCCGCCCGCCGCGGCUCCAAGUCCAUCACCACGGACGACCUCAUCUUCCUGAUCCGCCACGAUGCCGCCAAAGUCUCCCGCCUCCGCACCUUCCUCUCCUGGAAAGACGUGCGCAAAAACGUCAAGGACUCAGACGACAAAGGCAACGAAGCCGACAUCGGCACGGGCGACGAACCCGUCGCAGCCGUCGCCGCCACCGGCCCCGUCGACGUCUCCAAGAAGAACAAGAAAGCCAAGGUCGGCCUCCCCUGGGAGAUCGCCUCCCUCUACUCCCAGGAGGUCCCCGAGCGCGACGACGAAGACGACGAGGAUGAGGAGGAAAUGAACUACGCUACCCUCCAGCGUCUCAAGAAGGCUGAUGAGCGCACAAAGGCCAUGACCAAGGAGGAGUACGUCACUUGGUCUGAGUACCGUCAGGCGUCCUUCACCUUCCGCAAGGGCAAGCGUUUCCGCGAGUGGGCUGGCUUCGGGACCAUCACCGAGUCCAAGCCUAAUGACGAUAUUGUCGACAUCCUCGGCUUCUUGACCUUUGAGAUCGUGCAGACCCUCACUGAGGAGGCCCUGCGUAUCAAGGAGCAGGAGGACCUCUACAAAGAGAAGAGCGGCGUUGAGGACCAGGGCAAGAAGCGCAAGGCUGUCAAGGGACUCUUCGAUCCCCCUGCGGUUGGCAAGUCCCCUGUUGAGCCAAGACACGUUCAGGAGGCUUUCCGCAGACUUCAGGUGCGCCCGAAGAAGUCUCGCGCUAUGCUGAAUGGUACGAGGGGCCUGAACAGGACUCCGCUCAAGCUCUUUUGAACUGGCACAGUCCGUCUGGGACAGUUCUUCUAGCACGGUUCUUCCAGGACAGCUCUUCUGGCACGGUUCGUUCACAGUUCUCCUGGCCCAGUUCUUCUGGCUCAGUUCUCCUGGCGCAGUUCCUCUGCUGGGUGUCCUGCUUUUAUUGAUUUUGACUUCGGCGUGAAGGAUGGACAUGGGGCCUAAUGGUACGGGGACUUCAUGGCGUUUAUUUUGCGUGUUACUGUUCAUAGGAUGGAUUAUGACAAGAUGGUUUUACAGAGGUUCACAUGCGUAUUACUCUGCAUGAUAGGUCAUGGCGCCAAUGAACUCAUUAUAUACA